AUGAGCCCGUGGCAGCAGCGCCCGCCCAACGCCAGCGCGGCCGGCGGGCCGGGCCCGCGGGGGAACGGCACGGGCCGGGCGGCGGAGCGCGGCAGCGCCGUGUCCGUGGCCAUCCCGCUGACCAUGAUGCUGACGGGCGUCGCGGGCAAUGCCCUGGCCAUGCUGCUCGUGUCCCGCAGCUACCGCGCCAAGGGCAGCCGCAGGAAGCGCUCGUUCCUGCUGUGCAUCGGCUCCCUGGCGCUCACCGACAUGCUGGGCCAGCUGCUCACCAGCCCCAUCGUCAUCUCCGUGUACCUGUCGGGCCGGCCCUGGGCGGCCAUGGACCCCUCGGGCCGCCUCUGCGACUUCUUCGGCUUCAGCAUGACGGUGUUCGGGCUGUGCCCGCUGCUGAUCGCCAGCGCCAUGGCCGUGGAGCGGGCGCUGGCCAUCCGCGCCCCGCACUGGUACGCCAGCCACAUGAGCCCGCGGGCCACCGAGCGCGGCCUGGCCGCCAUCUGGGCCGCCGGCGUGGCCUUCGCGCUGCUGCCGCUGGCCGGGCUGGGCCGCUACGCGCUGCAGUGGCCCGGCACCUGGUGCUUCAUCAGCACGGCCGGCGGCAGCGCCUUCGCCGCCGCCUUCGCCGCGCUGGGGCUGCUGUCCCUCGUGGUGACCGGCGCCUGCAACCUGGCCACCAUCGAGGCGCUGGUGUCGCGCUGCCGCGCCAAGGCCGGCGCGGCGCAGCCCGGCUCGCGGUGGGGCCGCAUCGCCACCGAGACGCUGCUGCAGCUGCUGGGUAUCAUGUGCGUGCUCUCGGCGUGCUGGGCACCGCUGCUGGUGACCAUGCUGCGGAUGGUGUCGGAGCCCCUGGCCGGGCCGUGCCGGGGCUGGCAGCGCUGGGAGCCGCGCAGGGAGUGCAACCUGCCGCUGACGGCCGUGCGCCUGGCCUCGCUCAACCAGAUCCUGGACCCCUGGGUGUACCUGCUGCUGCGCCGCAUCCUGCUGCGCAAGUGCCGCCAGGCGGCCAGCGCCGUGUCACACUGCUCCAACGCCACCGAGUGCAGGGACAGGGACAGGGACAGGGCCCUCACCCUGUCCCAGGACAUCGGCCGCACCGCCGGCUGAGGGACACUCCACAAUGGCCUGAGGGACACUCCACAAUGGCCUGAGGAAAAUGUCCUGAGGGGACAUUCCCACAGCUCUGGGAGCCGCAGCCGCCUGGAAACCCUCCUGGGAAUCUGCUCUGCACCCCCUCACAGUGUCACUGCUUGGACCCAGAGUGCCACACUCUUCCUGCAGGGCGCCACAAGUGCUGGGGUACAGCAGGACAGGGCGCUCCCUCUGUGCUCACUGGUGGCUGAGCUGCACAACGGGAUGGGGACAUUGCAUGGUCCCUGCAGAACGAGAUAAGGGACAUUCCAGUCACUGCAGGCAGGAUGAGGACAUGCCAUGGUCACUGCCACUCCUGGCUGAGCUGCACAAUGGGAUGAGGACAUCCCAUAGUCCCUGCAGACAGGAUGAGGACAUCUCAUAGUCCCUGAAAACAGGACAAGGACAUCCCAUGGCCACUGCUACUUGUGGCUGAGCUGCAGAAUGGGAUCAGGACAUCCCAUGGUCCCUGCAAACAGGACGAGGACAUUCCAUGGCCACUGCCACUUGUGGCUGACAUAGAAGUCUUGUGGGCCUGAAGUAGAGCCUGAGGGGGCCUCUCUUGCUUUAAGGUGGGAAAAAUUUGCUUUCCUGACAGCCAACAGAUUCUAGAGAAGGAAUUACUGAGGGGACUGACUUCCUGGGAAUGUUUAAUACUAACAUUAUCUCCUUCAGAGAGUCCUUCUUUUUUCUGGAGGGGCAAGGGGAGACAGGGAGAAAAACCGCAGGAAUAAGGGAAAAAAUUGAUAUUUGAUUGGAUUUCAGUGUCUUAAAACUGAGCAGGGGUGGUGGCAGUGAUGGAACAUCCAUCCCUUCCAGGAACUGAAGGCAGCACGAGUCUCCUGAGUCACAGAUGUGUCCUGAUAAACACUCGCCCGUCCGCGUGGCCGCUGAGGGGAGCUUGAGGAGGAUUAGCACUGGGGCAAGGGGAGAAACCCCGGAUUUUUCCCUGUGGAAUGCCCAGACAGGCUGGAAUUGCUGGAAUUGCUGCUUGCACAGCAGCCUCAGAGCUGCUGGGGGCAGAGGGAGAGGGGCUGCAGCAGGCACUGCUGCUCAUUCUCCUGGAAGUGCCCCUGUGCAGAGGCACCAGCAGCAGCCAGCGCUCUGUGAGGAAUGGGAUGGCACUCUGUUCCUGCAGUGCCCUACAGGGUGCCCAGAGCAGCAUCCCAAAGAGUUCAGCUCCUCCAGAAACACAAAUGUGGCAGCUCUGGGAGGUUUUAAACUGCAGCAGACUGGAAGCAGGGGGUGGGAGUGUGUGAAUUUGUCAGGUCUUUUCCCAAAGGAUCUUCCAUGGUUUAGUUACAAACUCAGUUCCAAUCCAUG